AUGGAGGCCACCGCGGUGCCGCGGGCUCUGUCCCUCCUCGGGCCAUCUCAGUCGCCGCCGCCGCCACCGCCUCGGAUGCGUAUGAACUGCUUGCGCGUAGCCAUUGGAGGAGGUGUGAGGUGGCGGGGGGCCGUGGCAGUCUGGGCGAAGAAGAAGAGGGGGAGGGGCGGGGACGGCGAGGCGCAGGAGCGGGUGGACACGCACAGCUUCGCGCCCAAGGCGGGCGAGUCUGCUGGGCUGUUCCCCGAGGCCGUCCUGCUUAGAAAGAAAAUGGUGAGAGAGGAUGGUCAAGUGUCACCAGAAUUUGCUGAUGCAGACGAAGAAAAGCUGUAUGAUUUUCUUAAUAUUCAGCUAGAAAGUGAUUUAAAUCUGAAAAGAAUGCGUCACUAUGAAGUAGUUUAUCUAAUUCAUGAGGACCGUAUUGAAGAAGUUGAAAAUGUUGUAUCAAAAGUACAAGAUUUUAUCAGGGACAAGAAAGGAAGGAUAUGGAGGCUUAACAAUUGGGGGCUGCGCAGGCUUGCUUACAAAAUAAAGAAAGCAACACAUGCCAAUUAUAUUUUAAUGAACUUUGAGAUAGAGUCAAGAUACAUCAAUGACUUCAAGACCCUGCUAGACAAGGAUGAAAGGAUCAUCAGACAUCUUGUUAUGAAACGGGAUGAGGCAAUUACUGAAGACUGCCCUCCCCCACCAGAAUUCCACAGUCUGCGAGCUCAACAAUAUUUUGAUGAUGAAUAUGAAGAUGUGGAAGAAGAGGAUGGGGAUGCUAGGAGUGAGAUAGAGUCUGCCAAUUAUGAUGAUGAUGUUGAAGCCAGUGACGAGCCUGAAAUUAUUUAUGUUGAUGAAGCUGAUCAGGAUAAUUACGAAGACACUAGAAGAAGGAACAGAGAGCUAAAGGUGAAGAAGUAUACAUCAGAGAAGGUAUUGAGGUAG